CUUCUUCAAGUUCUUUUUCUUCAAGAAAACCAAAGUUGUGAAAUAGUCGCAGUUUACUGCGCAUCUAUUUCAUUUAACAUCUUUAUUUAGUUUAUCCAGUUUAAAACUAGAAUAACCAUGCGUAUUUAUAACUUUAAAAAUAUUGCUGUUGUCCCAACAUCAAAGGACUUCGUCAAUCUGACUCUAUCGAAAACUCAGCGCAAAACACCUACAGUUAUCCACAAGAAUUAUAAAAUCUCAAGGAUCAGGUCCUUCUACAUGCGUAAAGUGAGAUUUACUCAACAAAACUUCCAUGAUCGUCUGUCUCAGAUAAUUCAGGAAUUUCCAAAACUUGAUAAUAUUCAUCCAUUCUAUGCCGAUUUAAUGAACAUUUUGUAUGAUAAAGAUCAUUACAAAUUGGGAUUGGGUCAGUUGAACCAAGCAAGACACCUUAUCGAUAAUGUUGGCAAAGAAUAUGUCCGUCUCUUGAAAUUUGGAGACUCUCUCUACAGAUGCAAACAAUUGAAGAAAGCUGCAUUGGGAAGAAUGGUGACAAUCAUGAAGCGACAAGCAUCCAACUUGCAAUAUUUGGAGCAAGUGAGACAACAUUUGGCUCGUCUGCCUUCCAUCGAUCCAUACACGAGGACGAUCAUCAUUUGCGGGUUUCCCAACGUUGGCAAGUCCAGUUUCAUCAAUAAGAUCACUCGUGCUGAUGUGGAGGUGCAGCCGUAUGCAUUCACAACGAAAUCGCUGUACGUCGGACACACAGACUACAAGUACCUGCGCUGGCAGGUCAUUGACACGCCCGGAAUCCUCGACCAUCCACUCGAAGAGAGAAAUGUCAUCGAAAUGCAAGCAGUCACUGCACUGGCUCACUUGACGGCCGCGGUCUUAUAUUUUGUUGAUCCGUCAGAGCAAUGUGGCCACUCCUUGGAGGAACAAGUCUCGCUCUAUGAAAACAUCAAACCACUGUUCAGCAACAAGCCGUUGAUGGUAGUUUACUCGAAAGUAGACAUCAUUCGACCAGAUGAUUUACCAGACGAGAAGAAAGCUACUCUGAAGAUCUUUGAAGACCAGCAGGUGCCGACAUUCACGAUCAGUACAGUGACUGACGAGGGUGUUGCCAACCUGAAGGAGCAGGCGUGUGAGACACUGUUGGCCUUCCGCGUGGAGAAGAAGAUCCACGCCAAGAAGGUGGACGAUGUCCUCAACCGCCUCACGGUCGCACUGCCUCGGGCCGCCGAUGAGAGCCGUGUUCCCUGUAUUCCAGGUUAUAUUUAUUCAUUGUUUAACUGGAGCCUAGAUAAACGAAUUCGUCAACUUUUUCGAGAACAUACCGACUUUGUUCAUCCGGACCUUUUCAAGAAAUUGGAGCAACUAGAGGAAGAAGAAAGGCUGCGAACUGAGGCGGGCUACUAUGCAACACCGAAGAUUGAACAGAGUCAAGAGCUGACAGAAAUCCGAGAAUUGGCUGCCAAGAUCCGCGAGCGAAAGGCCAUCAUGAAGAUAGAGGCGCGCGUCCAGAAGCAGUCGACGAAACCAGUGAUGCCGCGCACGGCUACUGCGCAUGUCAGGGACAGAAGUGUUUCCAGGCUCAAGGAUGAAAUGUCCAGAUUGGGCGUCGAUAUCGAACAUGAAGAUGAUAGUGCUCAUUUCAAGAAUACAAGAGGCAGAUCGCGUUCGCUGUCACAAGGCCCUGACAGCAGACCUCGCAGUGUCAGUGAGCGUCCUCGAAGUUUGUCUCGUGCUCCGAGAGACGAGACCGGCGUCAAGGAUGUGGCUAUGAAGACAAAGUUGAAGAGAGUUGCGCACAAAGCAAUCGCCAAGAAGGUGGGCAAAUGGGGACGCAAGGGAGAAGCCGACAACUUCAUUGGAACCAAAAUGCCAAAACAUCUCUUCUCUGGAAAACGUGGAAUUGGAAAAACUCAAUGGCGUUAGAUGGCCAACAAAACUUGUUUCAUUUAUGCAUUGGUGUUUUAAUAAAGCUAUUAGAAAAUCA